AGUACCCUCCAACAUCACCCCCCCCCAUUGACCCCUUGCUUGACAGAUACAUGGGGCACAAAAUGUAGUUUUCGAUACGCGCUCGGAAAUGUGUAGUUGUGCCCCUACUUAGAUGUUGUUUCUUCGUCACACAUCAAUGUCAAAUGUAAAUCAGGUCAAUCACUGAAACAUCAGCGCCACCUUGAGUAAGAAAUAAGUAUAUUAUGUAUGUGUGUACACAAAUGAGAGACUGAUAAUUCAACAUUGUCACACAGAAAAUCAACAUGAUAUAGUUAUUUAUGGGAAUAUAGUACUUAUUUGUCUGGUAAUAAACAAUUAAAUAUCAUGUGAUAGUAAACUUAAAUAGAUAUUAUUUAUGGAAGUGCAGAAACAUACCUAUGGUCUCUAAUGACUACUUUUGGUAGUUAAGCCAUUAUAAAAAAAUAAAUAAAAAUAAAUACAUUUUGGCCUUUUGUGUGUGUGUGUGUGUCAAACUAUUUAUAAGAGAUAGAUUGAGGAAUACUAAAGAGGUGUGGGCACAACUCCAAAAAAUGGAUGAGGUCCCAGGUCAAUAAAGACCCGAGGUAUGCGUUUAAGGGUUAAAAUAUCUUUUAUAAAAACAAGAUAAAAUGAGCUGUGAAUCAAAAUACGAUAUUGACUUGUUUUCAGACAAUGCAUAUUGAAUAUACAGCAAGUGUAUUUUCUCUUGAUACAUUGGCAGAUUGUUUUCACUUGUUCUAAGCAUAAACCUCACUAACUUUAAGCUAGUUUUACUUUUAUUUUAAGGAAAAAAACAAGACAAAAAAUACUUAUAAAGAAUAUAUUUUUUGCAUGUAAGUAUUCUGUCAAUCAUGACUCUCAAAACAACCUCAGACGUGUCUGUCAGUCCUGAGACGCUUACAGGCCGUUUAUCUGGAAUGACAUCACCUCUAAAUGUGUGUGUGUGAGGAUUAAGAAGGUCGUCUGAGGGAGGAGGAGCUUGUGUUGUGUCUUUUCUUGUAAACUGUUUGUCAGGAAGUUCUCCUCAAAUACACAGUUGAGAUGGAGGAUCUGAUGGAGCGUUGUGAGGAUGAAGGAGCUCGACAGACAGACAGUUACGAUUUCAUCAUCGAUGAUCAGAGCUGUCAUACAAGUGGUCUGGAGGUGUGCGAUCGUCUGACGUUCCUGGAGCAGCGUGUUCAGAUGCAAGAUGACGAGGUCCAGCUGUUAAAGAUGACGAUGGCUGAUGUGCUGAAGAGACUGAACAUCUCAGAGGAGCAAACAGCAUCGCUCACAAAGAAAACUACAAAUAAAGCGGCUCGUCCGGCGUCUCUGACUCUUCCUCCUAAAGCAGCAUCAUCACUGAAGAAGAGCUUCAGCUCCACACUGCCCUCCUCACCAUCAACCAGGAACUACAACCCCUCACAGGCCAGCAGGAGAACUGGCAGUGCUAAAGACAGUCUGAGUGGUUCAACAAGUGGUAAAACUCAGACGACUACCUGCAAAAAACUAGAGACCAAACCAAAGGAAGCAAGUUCAAGCAUCGUAGGAUCAAGACGUGUGACUCACUAUAAAGAUCUGUCUGAGCCCCCUGUCAAGAAGGACUGGAUCUUCUGACCCUACAGCCCAAUAUGUUUCCCCCCGCGAGCGGACCGCCUGCAGUGAGAGCAGCUGUAGUAAAGAGUAAAACAGUAGAUGAGAGAAACUCUGCGUUUACUGUCCUCCUGCAGAAGAGUUCCUGUCAAACACCCGUCUCACCCCUCCUGACCCCAAACUACAAGAGUCCCAUUAAAUCACCCAGUCAGUACUUCCAGAUCUGUUACUGAACACAGCAAGAGUUUCAUCACAAAACAUUAAAUGAGUUGGAUUAGUAUUCAUUAGUUGCUCAUUGUCUGGAGAAUGAAGAAUGAUUUGCAGGCUAAUUAAUUAGUUUUGGAUGCAGAAUAAAAAAUACAAGUGAAAAUCAUGCUGUGGUUGAUAUUCUUUAAAUUACCAAUAUAUACUUCUCAGACAGACAGACAGACAGAUAGAUACAUACAUACAUAUGAUUGAUCAUUCUGCCAAACACUUACCAUAUGUGUGUUUCUUCAUCUUCAGGCUAUUUAAUCUCUCAGGAGUUGAUUUUCUUAAAACAAACAGAUUUCAAAUUUUUUUUGUCUCAUUAAAACUGAGUUGGAAACUUUUUACCAGGCCUUCAUAAUUUAUUUUUGGUACUUUUCAAAUUAUUUUAUGUCUAGAUUUGACUGUUUUAGACUUCAGACCCAGACUUCCUAAAUGAACCCUCCUAUAGUAUUGAAAAAUGGCACCUCCCUUUUUUGACCGGAACGGUCAGAUGAGUAUCCCUUUUUUUAAAAUGUUUUUAUUUUGAUGAUGAUAAUGAUACCAUUUCUUCUUCCCUGAAGGAAGAACAAUAACAUUCUGCAUUUCUUUUGGAAUUUUAUGCUAUUUUAAUCUUAUUUACAUGUACAUUUCUACAUUUUACCAUUCAUUUGCAUAUACAAAUAAGCUAAUUUUUGAAAAGAAAAACUAAAUUCAGAACCUAC